CCAGCUUUUAAUGAAGCAAGAACAUAUCCUGUUGUCUUUGUAUUACAAUACUAUAGACAAUUAUCUUAUAAUAUCACCUGAUGCAAAUGAUUUGAUGCAAAAUCCUUAUAACAUUUCAACGGAUACUUGCUCCGGUAACUUUGAAUAUGGAGUUGAAAUAAUUUUUGCUGAAUUAGAGAGUGAUCAAGAAUUGGUUAAUUUGCUCAACAAAUUAUACACAAAAUGGCAGAAAAAACAUAAACAUUUGAUACAAUUUAUACAACCAGCAGUGGGGAAAGAGAAAUUCUAUGUUAAUAUUGAAAUUAUAUCAGGAACAGACUUUGAUAAGGAUAAUAUUUAUAUUGAAUAUGAAAUCAAGAUUCCAGAAGACAUGAAAUGUGAAGGAAUUCUGAAUGGACGAACUCAUGUCAGUAAACUGUCACAACAUGGUGAUGAUAUGCUUUGGACAUAUGGACAUAUGAUUGAAUUAGACAUAGAUAUAGAUGUGGAAUUAGAAGUAUCACCUCUUCAAAUAUAUUUUGAAGCGAUAUCUACUGAUUGGUGGGGUAGACAUCGUACUGAGGGGUACUGCUACCUACCUAUAUCUUUAAUACCCGGCUAUUAUAAAGAAGUAUUGAGAUGCUCCAGACCAGAGGAGAUUAACAAGGUAGAAGCAAAUACCCGACGAUUCUUUGUAGGAGGAUGUCAUUUGAUAAACGAUUUGGAAGUUUUAUCCAAACCACAAUUACAGAAUGCAAAUUUCACAUACACACCAACAGGAAACUUACACCUUCGUUACGGUAUAAUCAAACAAGCGAACAGUCCCGAUACAGAACUAGCAGGUGUGCCACCGGGUGUGCCCACCAGCUCGGCACUGCUGCAAGGCGCUGAAGCUGUCCUCAAGGAGUACAGCCACGCGAGAGCCAGACUCGAUGCUGCCACUAAACAUAUUGACUGUGGUACUUAGUCAAGUGUUAUUGAAAAAUGACAUUAGUCCAUGUCUUUUGUUUGUAUGGAGAUAGAGAGAUAUGGCAGCAUACAAAACUAUGUCUUUGAAAUAAAACGAGUGUAUAUGUUCAAUACUCUUAUUUUAUUAUUUUUUGUAAGAUAUAAUGUUGAAAGUUAAACACUACUGAGGUAAUUAUUAUCAACGCACAUCACUGAAUA